ACCCCAAGAAAAGAUAGAAACGUGUUAGAACGUCUGAUUCGACAUCUAACGGCUAGAACUCGGAAGAAGAUUGUCAAGUUGAGUACAACACGUGUUAGAACGUCUGAUUCCUUGAUUCGACAUCUAACGGCUAGAACUCGGAAGAAGAUUUUAAUCAUACAUGAAGUGGGCUACGGGAGUUUACUUUGACCAUUGAGUCUCCUACACGCUGAAAUGCGACGUCGUUUCAUCUGUCUAUAGAUGCAAAUUCCAGUUUCUUUCUUUUUAAAAUUCCAAUUUUCCGUUUUCAAGGAAAAACUUUCUAUUUCCUUCCAAAAACCCUAAUAUUAGAUUUUUCUGUUAUUUUGUUUACAGAUCUGAGUGGAAAUUUCCAUCCAAUUUUCGUUUUAAUCACUGUUAUUUCCUGUUCUUACACUUCAAAUUAUUGUAUCUGAUGCAAGAAUUUAGGGUUUUGGGUUUGAAUUGUUUGGGUUCUCUGUAAUCAUCGAUGGAGAAUUCUGGAAGUUCCGAUCAGUGGAACAAGGAGUUCGGAUUUGGCACAAGCGAUCGCAGAUUUGCGUAUUCGCGCCAAGCCUCCUUCCACCAACUGCAAGAACCACAUACGCCGAUUUCGAUAAUUUCGAAUGAUCAUAAGAAGCCUUUGCUUUGUCGUACCGUUUCGAGUAUUGAUAUUCCUCCCACGAUAUAUCCAUUAGAGGAGAACGAAAAAUUUUCCAUUGAAGGAAAGGAUUUUCCCGAGAAAGCUUCAUUUUUAUUGGUUGUAUUAUGGGUUUUUCGGGUUGUGCGGUCGGGAAACAGGCCGAUGAGGAAGUUGUUUGUAAUGAUUUCGCUAAAUGUGGCAUACUCUACUGCAGAAUUAAUGAUCGGCCUUUUCACAGGACGUGCAGGUUUGGUGUCUGAUGCAUUUCAUUUGACAUUUGGCUGCGGACUCUUGACAUUUUCAUUGUUUGCAAUUGCUGUUUCACGGAACAAGCCUGAUCAAGUCUACACUUAUGGGUUCAAAAGGGUAGAAGUUUUGUCUGCUUUCACCAAUGCUCUGUUUCUGUUGUUUAUGUCAUUCUCCUUGGCUGUGGAAGCACUUCAUGCAUUCAUACAAGAUGAAUCUGAGCACAAGCAUUACUUGAUUGUUUCGGCUGUAACAAAUUUAUUGGUGAAUCUUAUUGGCGUUUGGUUCUUCAGGAACUAUGCUCGCAUCAAUCUUGUCUACAGGAAAGCAGAGGAUAUGAACUACCACUCAGUUUGCUUGCAUGUUCUUGCAGAUUCUAUACGCAGUGCAGGUUUGAUCCUGGCAUCCUGGUUUUUGACCCUUGGGGUCAAGAAUGCUGAAGUUUUAUGCUUAGGGCUAGUUUCAGUUGCAGUGUUUAUGCUUGUCAUGCCACUUUUUAAGACAACUGGUGGCAUCCUGCUACAGAUGGCACCCCCCAGCAUACCACCUUCUGCAUUGAGCAAGUGCCGGAGACAGAUUACUGCUCAUGAAGAUGUUUUGGAAGUUUCUCAAGCUUGUUUUUGGGAACUCGUGCCUGGUCAUGUUGUUGGCUCAGUCACACUUCAGGUGAAGGAUGGGAUUGAUGAUUGUCCCAUGCUCCAAUAUGUGCAUGACCUGUACCAUGAUUUGGGCGUAAAGGAGUUGACAGUGCAAGCAGAUUGUUCCUAACCUUCAUUUUCCUUUUCAUUUUACUUUUUCCAAUGGUGGUUGGUGAGAAUAGCUUAUUUUUGAGUUCACAAUGCUGUAGUCUGGAUUCGUUAUUGAUUUUUUGGCUCCCCCAACUUAUCUAUUACCAGUAUAGAGGAACUUUAAAUCUGUUCCCCAUUCAAAGAAUGAUAAUGAUGUGCCGAUCCUUAGUAAUAUUAUUAUGUUCUAUUGUUGAAGAA